AAACUCGAAAGACAGCUCAUUCCACACAGACACAGAAACAGAUCACUUGAAAGCCUUUGUUUAAAUUCCUUGUUUUUUCUUUUAAUUUAAAUUAUUAUUAUCUUCUUUUUUUUUUUUUUCGUUGGUUUGUGCUCGACUCUCCUUGCUAUCGAUUCAACACUCGACAACAAGCAUAGAUUCAGGCCGGAGUUUGUCUGACUUAAUUCGCCGGGAAGUUCGUGUCUUACCCCGGCAAGAAAUGCGAGUGAAAGCAAAAGAAAAAGUAGAGUUAGGAUGUCCAUGUACGAUGCUGCUUUCCUCAACACAGAGCUUUCGAAACCGACGUCCAUCUUCGGCCUCCGGCUAUGGGUCGUUAUCGGAAUCUUGCUCGGAUCUCUAAUCGUCAUCGCUCUCUUCCUUCUCUCCCUCUGCCUAACCUCUCGCCGCAAAAAUCGCAAGCCGAGAGCCGGUUCCGCUUCCGCCGGCGUAGCUACGCCGCCGAUAUCCAAGGAGAUAAAAGAGAUCGUUCAGGCGCCGGCGCCGGGGGAGAUCCAGGUGGAUAUAGGGAAGGUGGAGCACAGAGUGGUGUUCUCAGGUCGAGUGUCGAGUGGGGAGAGUAGAGGAACCGCGAGUGCCAGCGAGACGGCGUCGUUUUCGGGGAGCGGAAACGUUGGACCGGAGGUGUCGCAUCUCGGGUGGGGACGGUGGUACACUCUGAGAGAGCUCGAGGCGGCCACGAAUGGGCUGUGUGAAGAGAAUGUGAUCGGAGAAGGUGGUUACGGGAUUGUGUAUCGUGGGGUUUUAAACGAUGGUACUAAAGUCGCCGUCAAGAACUUGCUUAAUAACAGGGGACAGGCAGAGAAGGAAUUCAAAGUAGAAGUGGAAGUGAUUGGGCGUGUACGGCACAAGAAUCUUGUCAGGCUUUUGGGUUAUUGCGUUGAAGGUGCUUACAGGAUGCUGGUGUAUGACUUUGUGGAUAAUGGCAAUUUGGAGCAAUGGAUUCACGGUGACGUUGGCGAUGUUAGCCCUCUUUCUUGGGAUAUCCGUAUCAACAUUAUACUCGGGAUGGCUAAAGGAUUGGCGUAUCUACACGAGGGUCUAGAACCAAAAGUGGUUCAUCGGGAUAUAAAAUCGAGCAAUAUAUUGCUUGAUCGCCAAUGGAAUGCUAAGGUUUCGGAUUUUGGACUUGCUAAGCUCUUGGGUUCCGACAGCAGUUAUGUGACCACCCGUGUCAUGGGAACCUUCGGUUAUGUAGCACCGGAAUAUGCAUGCACCGGAAUGUUAAACGAGAAGAGUGACAUCUACAGCUUUGGAAUAUUAAUCAUGGAAAUAAUCACCGGAAGAAAGCCUGUUGAUUAUAGUCGCCCUCAAGGAGAGACAAAUCUAGUGGAGUGGCUGAAAACAAUGGUAGGAAACCGAAGAUCAGAAGAAGUGGUUGAUCCCAAAAUAGCCGAACCACCAUCUUCAAAGGCUCUUAAACGAGUGUUGCUCGUUGCUUUGCGUUGUGUGGAUCCAGAUGCAAACAAGAGACCUAAAAUGGGACAUAUCAUACAUAUGCUUGAAGCUGAAGACUCACUCUAUCGCGAUGAACGCCGAACAACGAGGGACCAUGGAACCACCCGCGAUAAGCAAGAGACAGCGGCUACUGAAAGCGGGGAGAGCGGUUCACGGCAUCACCAGCAAAAGCUAAGAUGAAAAAAAAGUCAGCAAGUGAUUUUUGCUUCUCACACGACCAUUCUAUUUGCAUUGAUUCUUAUUAUUAUUGUGUCAAUUACAUAAUAUUUUCAUUCUUGGGCUCUCGAGUCUUUUUGCCUUUGCGUUUUUACGGUUUCCCACAAAGAUCAUUAAAGUCCCAAAUGGGCAGUACAAGUGAUUAUCGAAGCCCAAUUCCCUACAUUAAUCCUUAUACGCUACCCAAGAGCCAUGUAAAAGAGGUAAAAACACGUGUAACUAUAUCAACCACUUGGAGAUUGUCGAUGUGUGUUGAUACCCUUCGGUGUAUAUUGGAGAUUGUCCAUGUGUGCUAAUUCAUUAAAGUUCUUAAUGCUCUUUUUUAUUGUU